GGGAGGAGGGAGACGAGGAAGGUGGCGAAACCUUUUGCUUGAGAACGAGGGAAUGAAUUGGUUGGUUUGAAAGAUUGGGAAACGGAUCGUUUGACAGAUGAAUCCCGCGUCACGAAAGAGAAGGUGAAGUUUGAUGGAGCCUACACUAUGUGUGCUGGAAACCCGGUUUCUCCCGCUCCGCUCCAGACGCUUGUACCCCAGCUACGUCGUGGAUGACCUGGCAGCGACCACUCAACAGUCGGUGCGAGCUGGCGGCGCGCAUACUACGAUCAACAUGCGCCUUCGACGAAGCGGAAAAGGAUGGAUAUGGAGGUCAUUUCCACGCAACUCGAGCCGGAACUAUUGUCCAAGACUGAUACAGAGCCAUGCCAAGGGACCAGGGAACAUAACACAGUAUACUCCCCACGACGACUGUACAACUUGUUGGAUAUCUGAGACUUCGAUCGGAGGUGGUCAUAUGGGGUUUGAAUGCGCUCUUCAUUUACAGAAAAGCCAUCACCAAGUCAGUCGUACAAUAUCAGACCAUUUUUUGGAGGAUUAUUGGCCAGGACAUUUUGGCUAUUCCGUGUUCGUGCGGAAUCUGUCGUCUAUUGGAGAAGGGAUUCCUUUACCAAUAGGUGCUCGUCCUAAUCAGGAAUAGCGUACUGAUGCAGCCCCAAUUUUAGCCAGCUGAAGCGCCUUGCUGGAUUGUCGGGCUACUCAACAUUCCCCCGUUCGUCUGCCUUG